CUGCGUCACUUCUUAGAAGCUUAGCUGUGGAUCACGCUAAUGUACCUGCCGGACGCCAGAUCCCCUUUGCAGCGACAGCGAUUGCAGUAGCCGGUGACAACGUGAGUCCCAGAGCCCGACACCGGAGGGCGAGAUGAACGCGCUGGCUUCCCGAGCCAUCCAGAUCCGCGAUCGCUUGUGGCAGCCCGAGCCGGCCCUCCUGCCCCCAGGGUGACGCGCAGCCCGGAGUCGCACAGACAGAUGGCCCCAGGCCAAGCGCCCCAUCAGUCUGCCCCCUGGAGGGGUACCCACCCCUUUUUCCUCCUGUCCCCGCUGAUGGGCCUUCUCAGCAGGGCCUGGAGCCACCUGAGGGGCCCAGGACCUCCAGAACCCUGGCUGUUGGAACCAGUAGCCAGAGCCGAUCAAGGAGAAGCUGGUCUGGAGGGAGCAGCUCAGACUUUUGUGGGCAUCCACUGUGCCCCGGAGGACAGGCACUUUCGAGGGGAGACUGGAGACGGAGCCGUUGAGGACGAUGGAGACGCAUUCGGGGGGGCCUGCCAUGAUCUAAAAGCCAGUAGUUCUCUCCUUGAAGCCUGGGGACUUUCAGAUGAUGAUGAUGAUGAUGAUGAAGAGGAUGGUGGGGAGCAAACAACCAGUGUCCCUCAAGAGCAAGCAAGUGAAUUUGUAGGUGGCCAGCCUGCUCCCCUCUCCCCUCCCCUUCCAGUAAGAGCCCUGCAGGACCCUCCUGGAGAGGAGAAAUCUGAGGAAGGAGGAGCUGCUGAAAGUGAAAUCGUCACGUUUUUCUCUUUUCCCCCAUCACCCUGGGAGUGUUGUCCAGGGGAGGAGGAAGAGGAAGGAGGAGCUGUAAAGAAAGAAGCUGCCAGAGCACCUGCUUUUCCUUUGUCUCCAGGAUCCAAGCCUAAAGCUCGGGGGUAUUGUGCUGGGGAGGAAGAGGGUCAAGCGACAGAGGAAAAAAUAACAGAAAAUAAAGAAGCCACAAAGAGCUCCAUUUUCCCCUCAUCUUCAGGCUUUCACGCUAGGGCCUGGGAGCGUGGUUCAGGAGAGGAGUCUGAGGAGGAAGAAGAUGAAUUCAGUGACUCGGGAGCAGCUGAGGAGGAGGGAGACGCUGAGGGUCCCUCUUCCAUCCCAUCCACAAAUGCCUUCGUCAAGGCCUGGGUGUAUCGGCCAGGAGAGGACACGGAGGACGAGGAGGAGGAGGAAGAUGAAUUCAGUGACUCGGGAGCAGCUGAGGAGGGGGGAGAAGCUGAGGGUCCCUCUUCCGUCCCAUCCACAAAUACUUUCAUCAGGGGUUGGGUGUAUCGGCCAGGAGAGGACACGGAGGAUGAGGAGGAAGAGGAGUUCAGUGACUCAGGAGCAGCUGAGGAGGAGGGAGAAGCUGAGGCUUCUUCUUCUGUCCCCCCAACAGGUACCUUCUUAAGGGCCUGGGUUUAUCGGCCAGGAGAGGACACAGAAGAGGAAGAUGAGAAUGAGGAGGAUGAUGACUCAGAAGCCUCUGACUCGGUGCCGAGUCCCUCCCUUCAGGCUCAGAGCGCCCUCCUCAGGGGCUGGAUGUAUCGGCCGGGAGAGGACACAGAAGGAAGGGAAGUUGCUAAGCAGCAGGGAGAAGCUGAGCCCCGCCCCUUCCGAGUGGCCAUCUAUUUACCUGGAGAAAGGCCACCACCUCCCUGGGCUCCCCCUCGGCUACCCGUCCGACUACAGAGGCGACUUAAGUCCACGGAAACCCCCACCCGGCGUCCUGACCCUGAGCCUCCCGUAAAGGCCAGAAAGGUACGCUUCUCUGAGAAGGUCUCUGUCCAUCUCCUGGCUGUCUGGGCAGGACCAGCCCGGGCCGCCCGCCGGGGACCCUGGGAGCAGCUAGCCCGAGAUCGAAGUCGCUUCGCCCGUCGCAUUGCUCAGGCCCAGGAGCAGCUGGGCCCCUGUCUCACCCCUGCUGCCCGGGCCAGGGCCUGGGCGCGCUUUGGGAACCCUACGCCUCCUCUGGCCGCCACACCUGCUCCUACCCAGAUCUUACCAUUGUCCUCCGCCCAGGCCACAGCCUUGAGCCCUGUUAGGGCAUCUCCCUUCGCCCCUCUGUCCCUGUCUCCCGGCUUGGACCUCAGUGGGAGGCGUGGCUAAGAUCAUGUAGUUUCAUGUUUAUAUUAUUUAUUUUUUGUAUA